CCCCGUCUUUCUAUGGCAGUCUUCGAGCCAGAUCGAUCCGUGGAGGGCCCGGGGCCCGAAACUGGGCGAAACCGCCCAGUGCGAAGAGUUGCAGCGCCCAGCUCUCGGGUUCACCGGCCUGUUUGGUCUUCUCCCGUCGGCUCCAUACGCGACCCCAUCAAGUGUUGCUGCGUGGCCAUGAAGUUCGAGGCCUUCGACGACUCUGGCAACAGGGUCGCCACGGCGUCCACGGGCUGCGGGUGCUGCCAGUGCGGCCUCUGCUGCUCGUGCCCCUGCGGGCCCUGCUCGCGGAUACACCUGACCGUGUCCGGGCCGAGCGGCAAGAAGGUCGGCCGGAUGUACAGGCAGAUCCCAGGCUGCUGCAAGUGGAUGCUCGUCCCCGACGCGGAUAAUUAUUUUGUCGAGUUCGAUCAGGAGAUGGACCCCGCAACGAAGGUGCUCCUCAUGUCCCUAGCGAUCUUCAUCGGGCACGGUCGGCGGAUGGAUUACCGCUAUUUCAACAACAACGUGCUGGACUCGGGCCGGACCGCGGACGGUUUCGUCGACGACGCGGGCCCGUGAGGGCCCAGGUUUCCAGAGUGCGGCGGCCCCGCACGCGCAGGGAGAGGGGGGAGUGUGAUGGAGGUGGAGCAGGGCUGCGCCCUGGGCGUCGCCGAGGCACGCCCCGUCCGGCAGCCGCUCGAGGCAAAGGUACUCGGGCAUGUAGCGUGUGCGCAUUGUGGGACUUCGCGGCGCCGGCUCGACCUGCGCCACCGCCUGCCCGCGGCGGGAAACGGA